AUGGCGUGGAGGUGGAGCAGGCACGCCAUCGAGCAGACACGACACGCAACGCACGCGCAACACACACAGGUCCUCAAGCUCAAGUGCGCGGGCUCGGGCGCGACGAUGCACGGCGCCGACGAGAGAGUGGUAAGAAAGUGCUCGCGGGGGUGCGUCGAGCUCUACGCGGCCGCAUGUAAGCCGGCCUGGGUCGCUUCACCUAGAUUAGCUCUCAAUGGAGACAUCUGCAAGGCUCAUGGUCUGGGCUGGUCGGAGGCGCGAGCGUUCACGCGCGGCGCGGACUGGGCCGCGCGCGGCGCGCCCGACGUCACGGAGGCGCGGAUCGACGACGUCGUGGAAGAGGAGGCUCCGGUGGAGGAAGUGGCGGACGCGCCCACCAUCAAAGCCGAGGCGCCGCCGUCGAAGGAAGUCGGCGUCGUCUGGGCCGGGCCUUUGGGUCAGCGGACGACGAACGCGACGGCGUCAGCAUUAGCGAAGCGUAGACUAGAUGGCGAAAGCGUCAAGGACGCGCUCGUGGCCGACGAGGCUUUAGUGGUCACGGCGCUGAAGGGUAAAUUAGCCCCGCCGUGGGAGAAGGACCGGUCGAAGCUGCCCAAAGAUGCUAGAUGUUGUCGCUUCCGGGUGCCGGGCGGGCACAGCGCCGCGAAAAGGGUGGCGCGAGCUCUCCGGGGCGACCCCGAGAAGGGCUUCCCCUUCAAGCUGCGGGCGGCGGCUUUAGCACCGGAGGACGCUUCAUUACUGGAGAAGGCGCUCCAGGACGUCGGCAAGGCCAAGAAGCCGGCGGCGGCGACGAAGAAUGAGAAGCCGUCCCUCGGGUGUGGCGUGCGCGCCAAGGGCGGCGCGGGCGGACGCAUGGGCGGCAGCUCUCGGAAGCUGGUCGGGCCGGCCGCGCACCGGCCGCCGCGCCAGCGCGUCGGCGAGCACCCGCUCUACAAGACGGCGGACGCGCCCUCUACCAAUUCGCGGCCCGUCGCCGCCGAUUUUCCCGUCCUCGGCGCGACGCGGCGGACGACGGCCGCCGAUUUUCCCGUCCUCCGCGCGACGCGGCGGACGACGGCGGCUGAUUUUCCCGCUCUCAACGGCGCGGUCUGGCAGGGCCCGGCGCCGUCGGCCGAGGACUUCCCGGCGACGCUCGGGGCGGCGUCUGCCUCGCGUGCCGACGACUGGCGGCCUGCUACCGACGCGCCGGCGCCGUCGCCGGCGCCGGCCGAGGACUUCCCGACACUCUCCACGGGACGGCGGCGCGCGGGCGCCCGCGUCGACGCGGCGGGCUACGCCGCUCGGGCCCAUCACCCGAAGCCGCGUGGCCGCCCGCCGCACGACUCGAGUGGAAAGCCCGCGACCUGGGACCACGAGAAGGGCGAGUGGGUCGGCGUCGCCCGCGAGGGCCAUCCGCAGCCGCGCGGCCGCCCUGCGCCACGCUCUGGCACGCCCGACCCUGCGCCACGCGCCGCCGCGGCCGUGGCGGAAGACUUCCCGACACUAUCCACGGGAGGUAGCCGGCGCGCCACCGCGCCGGCUCCAGUCGCGCGUGCCGAGCCGGCUCCGGUCGCGUGCGCCGCGCCGGCUCCGGUCGCGCGUGCCGCGCCGGCGCCAGCCCCGGUCGCCGCGCCGGCGGUGCAUGUGCCGUCGCCCGCCGAGCUGCUCAGCAACUUCGCGGCGAACCAGGCGCGCGAGGCCGCCGCCCGCGAGGCCGCCGAACGGGCCGCCGCGGCCGCCGCGCCGCCGCCGGCGCCCGUUCCGGAGCCUCCCACGCUGCCGCACCCGUGGCAGGCCUUCUGGGACGCGAGAAGCGAGCGGUACUACUUCGGCCACCCGACGACCGGCCAGGUCCAGUGGGACAUGCCCGUCGCGGCGCCGCCGCCGCCACCUCCGCCUGUCCGGCCCGCCUACACGGAGGCGAGCUACGAGCGGCUCGUCGCCGAGCUCGCGGAGGUCAGGGUCAGGCCGAGCCAGGACGCGCUGGGUAUCCUCCGGCGCCAGGAGGUGACCGUCGAGGAUCUCUGCGAUCUCACGCAUGCCAUGCUGGUGGCCGCGGGGCUCGAUCAAAUCGACGUUCACAUGAUCUGGAGCAAAAUCGAAGUGCUCCGGAAUCGCCGGAUCGCCCGCGAGUCGGCGUAG